AAUAUUCAUAUCAAAUGAACUCUCUUUUGCACACAGGUCUACACUAAUGUUGACUGGAUACAAKAAUGUUUUCCAGAGAAUUCUGUCAUUGACCUGCAGAAGGAGCUACCACGAAAGCAUCUCUCAAACACUCGCUUGUUCCCCUUUCUCUUCUCACUCCAAAUUGUCUGCCCUUCGCUCAUCCUUUUUUUCUGACCCCUCUCAUUGUAGUAUUAGGUCUUGUCAGCUUUCUACCCAUCUCCAUCUCUGUCAUUGCUACUCUUUUUCGUGCUCCCYUUCCCACUCUUCUCGUCCAACAGGUCCAAUGGAUUUAAAGGAGGUUCUCAAGGUUCUGGAGCAGCUCGCCCCUCUAUCACUGGCAGAGUCCUGGGAUAACGUUGGCCUAUUAGUUGAGCCCAUUAAAUGUCGGCCUAUCAAAACCAUCCUGUUAACCAAUGACCUGACCGACUCUGUCAUGUCAGAAGCAGAGGCCAUGAACUGCGAUCUCAUCAUCUCUUACCACCCCCCGUUGUUUCAUCCAAUCAAGUGCUUGGUUUCAAAGGACUGGAAGCAGCGAUUGGCUAUCCGGGCGAUUACGGCUGGAAUAGCAGUGUUUUCUCCUCACACCUCUUGGGACAGCGUCAAAGGAGGCGUGAAUGACUGGCUGGUUGAAGGAGUUGGGAGUGGCAAAGUUUCAGUGUUGAGUCAAGCGUUCAGUAGCGCCCCCCAGAGCCACAAACUGGAGUUUACAGCCAGGAGUCAGGAGGAGCUCAACACCAUCAUGGCAGAACUGAAGGGGAUGAAUAGCGGUGUCAAUUUACAGCACACAGCUGUCAGCUCUGAAACUGAUGGCUUCUUUGUAAGUCUGAUCUGUCCAGACUCAGGGCUGACCCCCAGUGUUCAAACUCUGUUACAACACRCCACUCCCAGCCAGUCUCUCAGUAUCCUUCAAGUAAAAAAGCGUCCUCUCCCAGGCUACGGCCAAGGGCGACUCAGCGUUUUGGACGAGCCCRUAACUGUGGCGGCGGCCGUCCAGCAAAUGAAAUCACACCUGGGUUUGAAUCACCUUCGACUGGCCCUCGGAGCCCAGCAAACUUUAGAGUCCAUUGUAUGCACCGUGGCAGUGUGUGCUGGGUCCGGAGGCUCAGUAUUGAAAGGAGUGAAAGCAGACCUCUACAUCACUGGUGAGAUGUCCCAUCACGAGGUCCUGGACUCCGUUGCUGCGGGUGCCAGCGUGAUCCUCAGUGACCAUAGCAACAGYGAGCGGGGUUUCCUGGCCGUGUUCAAGAAGAGGCUGGCAGGGCAUCUGUCCAACUCCGUUACCGUGGCGCUGUCACGGGCUGACAGGGACCCCCUGGAGGUGGUCUGAGAUGCUUACAGUUUUCACCAACUGGCGGCCCACAGGCCGAAUCUAUUCUGCAGGUGGUUUUCUGAGCAAAUAAUUAAUAAAUUCAUAUUUGGACAUAAGGCUGUAAAAACA